AUGGCUCCCAACGCUCCCAGCCAGGCCACCAACUCUCCGGCCAAAAAGACCUCUGCCCCAGAGAAGAAAUAUAAAUGCCAAUUUUGCAAUCGUGCCUUCAGCCGCAGUGAACACCGCAGCCGACACGAACGUUCGCAUACCAAGGAACGACCCUUUAAGUGCCUCAAAUGCCGCAGUACCUUUGUUCGUCGAGAUCUGCUUCUCCGUCAUGACCGUACCGUUCACGCCAAGGAUGGUGGCAUUCCUCUAGUUUCCGAGGGCCGCCGUCGUGGCGGCGCAGGUGUUCAGAAGCCCUCUCCUGCACCUGCACCCUCCAAGCCCUCCAUUACAAUCGAUCCUGCUACGUUGGAGCAAAUCGAGCAAAGCAGUGACGGUAUGGUCGAUCUUGAAACGGCAGCCAUGUUGAUGACAGAUUUCCAACAUAAAGCCGCAGCCGCCGCUACGAGUCAGGUCCAUGAUCGCGCGGAGUCGGAUCGCUCCUUUUCUCCUGGACGCGGUUCCCUCCUGGAUCCUCCCGUUUCGUACCUGUCGGGCAAUGCGACUCUCCCUCAGAUGCCGUGGGAUUCCCUCGUGUCUCCAGCCGAUACCAAGCACUUCAUGUCCCAUGGUACCGACUCGCAUCUGCCCAUGAUGGACCGACAUCCCAGUGACGCUCUGGCCCCGUCGCUGCAUUCCCUAGUCAACUCGCUGCCUCCAUCUGGAAACUCGACGCCAAACGCUUUGUCGCCGUACCCCCCGAUGACCGGCCCCGUCAGCCCCGUGAACUACCGGAAGUCGCCGGGCCCCAGCCAGGCCCUGACUCUCCCCAAGGCGCCUCAAAUCGCCAACGAUAUCGAGCGGAACAUGGUCGUGGAACGCAUUCGUCAUGCCGAUGCCCUGGGAUCGCUGCCGGACUCCUUCCAGCUUCCGUCGACCCCGGCGUUGAACAAGUACCUCUCCACGUACUUCAACUUGUACCAUCACCACCUCCCGUUCCUGCACCAGCAGUCCUUCAAGCCCGCGAUGACCUCGCCGCCCCUGUUGCUGGCUGUUCUUUCGAUCGGUGCCCUGUAUGCGUUCGAGAGACAGGAUGCUUUUAUGCUCCAUGUGGGAUCAAAGAUGCUUGUCAACCAGUUCCUGCAACACAAGGAUAACUUCGACUCUCGGAAGUGUCCUUUGUGGGCCAUGCAGAGCACCCUCCUGAACAUGAUCUUUGAGAGCUGGAGUGGUGACCCGAAGGGUCUUGAGUGGACUUGCUCUAUUAAGAGUCUCCUCGCCAAUAUGGUUGCUGGAAACCGCUAUCAAUUUAAGGUGCGUACGGAAGCUCGCGAGGGCGCUCAGCCGUCUCGCGAGGAGUGGAUUGAGGACGAGUCAUGCCGUCGCACUUAUUACGCCGUGUACAUUUUCUUCGGCAUGCUCACCUUGACCUUCAACCACACUCCGGCUAUGAGCUUCGAUGAGUUCGAUAACCUGGAGCUUCCGUCUUCCGAGUCUUUGUGGAAUCUCGAUGUUACAGACGACGAGGCCUGGCGCCGCAGCCUCUCGUCCGCCACCACUCUCACAGUUCGUGAGGCCCACGAUUGUCUCUUCCAGGGGGAGCAGACCCGCUACAGCGCGUUUGCAACUCGCGUUCUGAUCAACGCCUUGUUCCUUCAAGUGUGGAGCCAUAAGAGAAGCUUCGAGGCCCUCCAGGAUGUCGUCACCGAAUACAAGCUUCGUCUGGCGUUGGAGACCUGGGAAAACUCGCUCGAAGUCUGCGAACCGGAGACGAUUGUGGUUCCACUCAGUACGCCCCAGAAGGGACAUCCCCUGAUCUUCAACUCGAUGGCGGUCUACCGGAACACUCGUGCUCGCCUGGAGGUAGAUCUGAAGUCGAUCCAGGAAGCUCUGCGCUAUCACUCUCCCUACGAAGUCGCCGCAGCUAUGACCGUGGCGCGGGAGAAGGUGAAGCGCUCGCAGGAAAUGAACAAGGUCAUCCAGUCCUGCUUUGAGUGUAUCGAAAUCGCCGCCGUCCAGGGCAUCAACUGGGUCGCCAAAACAUCCGCCACCAACUGGAGUGUUGAGCACCCGCUCUGCGGCUUGGACCUGAUGGUCAUCCUGAGUCUCUGGCUCUAUCGCCUGGAACAUGACGAAGAGCCCGCGUCGGAGGCUGAGCUGGCUAUCUACAACAAGGUUCGGAAUUUGUUUGAUGACGAUGCUGUCGACGCCUUUGGUAAACUCAGCUCCACCGUGGCCCGUGUAUGGGGUAACAUCCUAGACGGUGUGGUAGUGUGGGGCAUUACUAAGCUCAUGGGCGAGUCGUUCAAACUUCAUUCCCAGGCUCUGAUCGGCUACGAAGAUUCGCUGCUGCGGGUGGCCAAGGAUCAACCCAUCCACCCGAUGCCGGCGAAGACACUUGCGAGUGUCGGGACUGCGUACUAG